AUGGCGCCAGGCAACCUCGCAAGUGAUCCGGCGCAGCGAGCCAAGGAUAUUGCGACAGCACUGACAGGGGCAGUCGAUUCUGCGCUGCGGUCAGUGGCUUCGGGGCUGAAAACGGAGCUCUGCAGCAGGAUUCAGAGCAGUCCUGCAGACGAACAGGAGGCGAGCCGCACUUGCUAUCGGCUCCAGACGGUGCUCCUGGAAAAGAGUCAAGCCAGGGCGCAGAGGUUUGAGCACUUCGUGCUUGAAUACCUCCUCAAAGUGCCCGAGGGUCCAUCUCUCAACAGCUCGAACGAGCAACACGGGGAGCAGGCUUCGUCCACGGCCACCACGUCUGCAGGAAUCCUUCUGCCCCGGGAGGAGCCGACAGGACAGGUGCGGAAGACCACCAAUUCAGGUGCGUCUGCCCGCCUGGACGAGGAGAUCGCUGAAAUGGAAGCUCGGCUGGUGCAGUCGAUUCGAAGAGCGGCCGCUCUGAAGAAGGAGGGCACCGCGCUUGCGAAACAGCUGGGCCUCAUUGAAGCCGUGGAGGACGCAGGCCACGUGGGGCUACCGGCGAUGGCUGCCGAGCUGGCGGUGGUCGCCAGGAAGGUCAACAAACUCACUGGCAAGGCGUAG